UGAGACAAGAUGGCCGCGAAAACUUUGUAAACGGAAACGUUUAUUUUAAUAAUACGAAGAGAAAUUGCAUGCCUUGAAUAUUAUAUUCGAUUAGAGUGCAUGGAAUUGACACGAAGUAAGCCCGACUUGCCGAGAAAUUGAAUAAAUGUAGAUGACAAUGACCGAGGAGACACAACAGUCUGAGACAGCCGCACAAAAUGAGGCACAAACUAGCUCUCCAGAUGUUGGAAAAGUUAAAGACAAUAAAAAAGAAAAAUGCCGACCUAUGACAAAGGUAUAUACCUGAUUAAAGUGAUGCUGCAAAUUUACCGAGCCUGCACAAUAUGUUUUCUCACCACGCAACGUGCGCUGCGUUUAAUGGAACAAAGAUCGAAGUUUAACUUUUCGAUUUUUGAAACAUUUCUGACAUAAUUUUGUGAAAAAGGUAGUAAUACGAAGAUUACCUCCAACUAUGACUCAAGAACAAUUCUUAGAGCAAGUUUCACCAUUGCCAGAGCACGAUUACCUUUACUUUGUGAAAGCUGAUAUGUCUAUGGGACAGUAUGCUUUCUCACGUGCUUAUAUUAACUUUGUUGAGCAACAUGAUAUCUUUAUGUUCAGAGAGAAAUUUGACAAUUACGUAUUUGUUGACUCUAAAGGUACAGAGUAUCCAGCAGUAGUAGAAUUUGCACCUUUUCAAAGGUUACCAAAGAAAAAGAUAGGGAAAAAAAAAGAUUUGAAAUGUGGUACAAUAGAGUCUGAUCCAUAUUACGUAAGUUUCUUAGAAAGUCUGAAAAACCAAGAAGCUGAAUCUAAUGUAUCACAGCCAAAAACAGAGUAUUCAUAUCAACCACCUGAUAAUACACCAAAAAAAGUUACAACCACACCUCUCUUAGAGUAUGUAAAACAACGCAAACAAGAAAAACAACGUCUUAGAGAUGAGAAACGUGAAGAAAGACGGCGAAGAGAUCUAGAAAGGAGAAGGUCGAAGGAAGAUCCUAUUAUAUCCAAGGUAUUGAAAAAUCCAGAUCUUGAUAAAGAAAUGUGUAGAGAUAAUAAAGAAAAUAGAGAGGAAAAGGAUAAACUUUCACCCAAAGAUAUAAAAAAUCGUAUUAAGAAAGAGGAUAAAUUACGUGAUAAGAUUCCUCGUGAUCGAGAUUCCAAAUCAAUAACAAAAGGAUAUAGGGAAAGAAUUGAGGAUAGAAAUAAAGAUAGAGAUAUAAAACAUCAAAGACGACAUGAGGAUAAAAAGAUAUACGGAAGACGUGACGAAAGAGAUGGUAUAAAUGAUAGAAGAUUUGAUGGAAAAGAUGAUAGAAAAUAUGAUUUUAAAGAAGAUAUUAAGGAUUCUAGAGAACGAAAAAUUGAGGAAAAACGGGGUAAAAGUUACGAAAAAAUGAGGCAAGAAAAAAAAAGGCUUGCAGAAACUAAAAAACAAAAUAUAGAAUUUAGUGUUGACAUGGAAAAUGGUGCAAAAUUAAGAAAUGAAGAUGAAGAAUUCCUAAAGAAAGAAUCUGAAGUUGAUUUUUAUGUGAAUAUUAAAGAAAAUGAAGAAACCAUGGGUGAUAAAGAUGUUAAAAUCAAUAAAGGAAAAGAGAAACAAGAAACUAAUGAAAGAAAAAUAUUAAUAGAUUCUUUGCAGGAUUUUGUGACAGGAGAACUAAGAAGAACAGAAACGGCUAUUGAAAACAGUAAAGAUAUUGAAAAAUCAAGAUCCAUUGAAGAUAUUAAUAAAAAAACUAAUGAAGAUGAUGAAUCUGAAGAAAAAAAAGAUUCAAAAGUUACAAAAAGACGUAGUUCACUUGAAAGUGGAGGGGAAGGUGGUACAGGAGAUGGAAAUUGUUUAAGAAGACACAAGUCUUUAGACGGAGGAGAUCAAAAUAACCUACAAAAGACUGAAAAUGAAGAUAAAGAGAAAGAUAAAAAGGAUCCACGACUAGAACGUCGAAUCAGGAACAAAGAUCGUCCUACUAUGGAAAUUUAUCGACCCGGAAUGGGAAAAUUUAGCAAACAAAGAUUAGAACGAGAAAAAUCUAAUACUAACGAUGAAAGAGCAUCACUUUCACAAAGUCCUACUCCAAACCCGAAUUCUAAUAACCUUUGUAAAUCAGGAAAGCCUGGAACAGAAGUACGUUCUAUGACAUUUAAACGUAGUAUUAGUCGUGAUUUGGUAUAACGAUGGCUAAAUGGAAAUCUCUUUCUAAUAUUAGUGACAUAUAUGUCGAAUCUUGUUAAUAUAUAAGAUUUUUACGCUAGUCUUUCUCACGACGUACAAUAUCAUACAAUAUAUCUAUUGUACACAAAUGCAUAAUAAAAUACAGCAUUUUACUUAUUACUGGAAAAUCCAUGUAGCCACAAAUGUAUAAAACUUUCGAAA